AUGAGACUAUGUGGACCCCAUGUCUCCAAUGUUCUGAGGUCGACCCGUGCUGUAAAGCCCCAAAUUCGGUGUCUGGCCACGCCGUCCUCGUCCAAGAACAGCUUUAGUCAGACCCUCGAGGAAGGUCCCUCGCUGGACGACUUCAUCGCGGACAGGGUCUCUGACCGCGUCGUGUUGGGAAAUGCGAAAUUGUGCGUGCCAUGGCCCCGUCUACCGUCGUACCUUAAGACAAGUAUACCGAAGGGUGCCUCUUUUUCCAAGAUCAAGAAGGACCUUCGGGGUCUGAAUCUGCAUACGGUCUGCGAGGAAGCCCGGUGUCCGAACAUAGGGGACUGCUGGGGCGGAAAGGAGGGUGCAACCGAAGCAGAGGGACGGAGGGCCGCGACUGCCACCAUCAUGCUCAUGGGAGAUACGUGCACACGAGGCUGCAGGUUCUGUUCCAUCAAGACUUCUAGGACCCCGCCACCUUUGGACCCUCACGAGCCUGAAAAUACCGCUGAAGCGAUCAGUCGGUGGGGACUUGGUUACAUCGUGCUGACGAGCGUUGACCGUGAUGACCUCGCGGAUGGUGGUGCUUACCACUUCGCCGAGACCAUCAUGAAGAUAAAGCAGAAAGCGCCGCAGAUUCUGGUCGAGGCUCUGACAGGAGACUUCGCUGGAAACUUGGAUCACGUUUCUGUAGUCGCGAAGUCUGGCCUCGAUGUCUACGCACACAAUAUCGAAACUGUCGAGGCUCUUACCCCAUUCGUUCGGGACCGGCGCGCUAAUUUCAAGCAGAGUUUGAACGUUCUCAAGCGCGCUAAGGAAGAAGGCGUGCGUGUGACCAAGACCAGCAUUAUGCUUGGUGUUGGAGAGAACGAGGAGCAGGUAGUGGAUGCUCUACGAGAGCUACGUAAGGUGGACGUAGACGUGGUCACAUUCGGCCAGUACAUGCGGCCAACGAAGCGGCAUAUGAAGGUCGAUCGGUAUGUGGAGCCUGCAGAGUUUGAUCGCUGGAAGCAGGUAGCAGAAGACAUGGGUUUCCUGUACGUCGCGAGUGGGCCUCUCGUGCGCAGCAGUUACAAGGCUGGAGAGUUCUUCAUUGAGAACGUCCUCAAAGGGAAGGGCACUGAGAAGCGUACAAAGAACCUCAUCGCCGACAAGGUUCUCGAGUCUGAGAAACUUCAGGCAUAGUCAUAGCAUUUUCCACAUAGAUCAUUCUACAACCGUUUCGCUACUAAUAUACAAUCGCUCUGCUCGCUGUUCUAUAUGAUACACAUGAUCUCAAUGGUGAUCAGCCUGUACAUACACCGGGGGCAUUGGACUAUAGGACGACGUGUCCCAU